UCCAGUGAAGGAACGGACUGAGCUUGAUGUAAAUUGACGGGUGCAACAGGAAAGACUGGGAGAUAAGAGUUACAAUUGCACCGACAAUGCUGCAUCGAGAUUAGUUUUGGGGGAAAAAAAAAUCAACGUUCUGGAAAGUCUUCUACUAGUGCUGUGUCAGAGAGUAAUACAAUAUUACGAAAACAGUUUUCAAAACUUUGACUACAAUUUGCAUUAGUUGAUGCUAAUCCAAUACUCGGGGGACGGCUACAGAUACUGCAUUUCCCAUAACAGAAGUACCGUAGUGAGAAGUGCGCUGCUGUUAAGACAAAGACGGGUUCUUGCGGACUGUUGUCUGUUAAUUAAAUGGAAUCUGGAGAAUGUAAAAAUAAUGAGGACAAUACUUGUAAAAGCCGUUCCUUCUACCCCGAUGCCUUGGAAACAGCCGGCCGCGCUGAGGGCCUGCCCUUCCAAACCUCCGUCCACUCAGACAUGCGCAUCCUGGAGGAGGAAGAGGAGGAGGAGGAGAUGAAGAGGGGGAAGUAUCACCAGAGUCUGCAGCUGCUGAAGCCCUUCAGAACCACACACAAGGAUCAGCACCCAAUAGACAACGCAGGACUCUUCUCCUUCAUGACUCUCAACUGGCUGUCUCCUCUAGGCUGGAAAGCCUACAAGAAAUCCUCCCUGGAGAUGAGUGAUAUCUGGGGGAUCUCGUGCCACGAGGCUUCGGAGGCAAACUGCAGGCGGUUUGAGAAGCUAUGGCACACAGAACUGAAGAUGAAAGGGAAAGACAAAGCCUCGCUCUCCCAUGUCAUAUGGAGUUUCUGCCAGACCCGCAUUCUGGUAGCCAUCAUCGCCCUGAUGGUAACCAUGGUUACUGGAUUCAUCGGCCCUGCUGUAAUAAUCCGCAGCCUGCUUGAGUACUCUCAGAGCUCACAGACUCGUCUGCCCUACGGUCUCACCCUGGUAGGCGGGAUCUUCAUUGCUGAACUGACACGCUCCUGGUCCUUCGCCCUCAUGUGGGCGCUCAACUAUCGGACAGGGGCGCGGCUGCGCGGGGCGGCUCUCACCUUCGCCUUCGACAAGAUCCUCAAACUGCGCAGCACCAAGGACGUCAGCAUCGGAGAGCUGGUGAACAUGUGCUCAGGUGACGGUCAGAGGCUCUUUGAGGUUGCCACGGUGGGCUGCCUGUUGGCCGGAGGGCCUCUCGUGGCUGUGCUGGGGCUGAUCUACACCGCAGUCUUCCUGGGACCCACUGCCCUGCUGGGCUCGGCCAUUUUCAUCCUCUUCUACCCCUCCCUGACGUUUGUGUCGCAGCUGACUGCCCAUUUCCGUAAGAAGUGUGUGAGCGUGACUGACAGGCGGGUGAGGAUCAUGAACGAAAUUCUCAAUUGUAUCAAAUUCAUCAAGAUGUAUUCCUGGGAGACUCCCUUCACUCAGCGCGUACAGAAAAUCCGUGCAGAGGAACGUGGGAUACUGGAAAAGGCUGGCUAUGUUCAGAGCAUCACAGUGGGUGUGGCUCCCAUCGUUGUGGUGAUUGCCAGUGUCUGCACCUUUACCCUGCAUAUGGCUUUGGGCUUUGACCUGAAUGCAGCACAGGCCUUUACCGUUGUCACUGUCUUCAAUUCCAUGACUUUUGCCCUCAAGGUCACGCCCCUGGCUGUGCGGGCCUUGUCUGAAGGCUCGGUGGCCAUCAGCAGGUUUCAGAAACUGUUCCUGAUGGAGGAGCGUGAGGCUGUCCGGAUGAAGCCGGAGGAUCCCGAGAACGUUGUGGAGUUCUGUGGAGCGACGUUGGCCUGGGAAGGGGAAGGGGGAGGGAGAGGGUACAGACAUAGGACCUCCCCAAAGAUCAAGAGGAAGGGGGGGAUCGAGCAGGUCCUGAUUAAAGAAAAGCUGAGCCUGUACAUCGAAAAAGAAGGGGGGAAGAAAGACAAGGGAGGACAGAACGCCCUGCCUCUGGUGUCCAACAUCGAACAGGACAGUCCACAGAACACAGUGACCGCAGGGCAGUACCACCACCCCCCUCUGCAGAAAACACUACGCAACAUCAACCUGCAUGUGAAAAAGGGCAAGCUGGUGGGAAUCUGUGGCAGUGUAGGAGCUGGAAAAAGCUCCCUGAUCUCAGCUAUCCUCGGGCAGAUGACCCUGUUGGAAGGUACCACUGCUGUGAGUGGAGAGUUCGCCUAUGUGGCUCAGCAGGCUUGGAUCCUGAACGACUCACUGAAAGAGAACAUCUUGUUUGGGAAGGAGUGUGACGAGGACAAGUAUAAAGAUGUGCUGGAGGCCUGCUGUUUGAACCAUGACAUUUCUAACCUGCCAUAUGGAGACAUGACUGAGAUUGGCGAACGAGGGGCGAAUCUCAGUGGUGGUCAGCGUCAGAGGGUCAGCCUGGCACGAGCGCUGUACAGCGGCCGCAGUAUGCUACUCCUCGACGACCCCCUGAGUGCCGUGGACGCACACGUGGGGGCUCACCUCUUCCACAGAGCCAUCCGCGGGGCAAUGAAGGGGAAGACAGUGCUGUUUAUCACCCACCAGCUCCAGUAUCUGGAGGAUUGUGAUGAGGUCCUGUUUAUGAAAGACGGGUGCAUUGCAGAGCAGGGAACACACAAGGAGCUGAUUAACAGGAAAAGCGACUACGCCACCCUCUUCAAUAGUAUGCAGCAAGAAAAUCUGAUCCGGAAGAACAUGAGAAACAGGCCGUUGAAAGGAGAGGAGACGGCCACGAAGCCACUGUCUGUCAGCAAGUCUGUCAGCAUUGUGCACCAGAGCAAAGAGGAAGGUCAGCUGAUGCAAGCGGAGGAGAAGGGGAGUGGCUCUGUGUCAUGGUCGGUGUACAAGGCAUACAUCCGAGCAGCAGGGGGAGCCCUAGCUUUCAUUAUCAAUAUUGUCCUCUUUCUGCUGACCACAGGGAGCAUAACCUUCAGUAACUGGUGGCUCAGUUACUGGAUUAAGCAGGGCAGUGGGAACACCACAGUUGUCUUAGACAACGGGACAGUGGUGAGUGACAGCAUGAGAGACAAUCCACACAGUCACUACUAUGCCGGGGUCUAUGCUCUGUCUAUGGGCACCAUUCUCCUGCUGAAGGCUGUCCGAGGGAUCGUGUUUGUAAAGUGCACCCUGAGAGCUGCCUCCAAGCUCCACGACCUGCUGUUUGACAAGAUCCUUCACAGCCCAGUGAGGUUCUUUGACACCACUCCACUUGGACGCAUUCUCAACAGGUUCUCCAAGGACAUGGAUGAAGUGGAUGUCCGGCUGGCCAUGCAGGCUGAAAUGCUGCUCCAGAACAUCACCCUGGUCCUGUUCUGCCUGGGCGUCGUUAGCGCAGUCUUUCCGUGGUUCCUCGUGUCCAUGGCGCCUCUUGGUCUCUUCCUUUUCCUGGUUAACAGGACCUCCAGGGUGCUGAUCCGGGAGCUCAAGCGACUCGAUAACAUCAGCCUGUCUCCCUUCAUCUCGCACGUCACCUCCAGCCUCCAGGGCCUCCCCACUAUCCACGCCUAUGGUAAGGGCACUGCCGUCCUGCAUCGGUAUAGAGAGCUGCUAGACUCCAACCAGGCCCCUCACUUCUUGUUCAGCUGUGGGAUGCGCUGGCUAGCCGUGCGGCUGGACCUCAUUAGCAUUGCCCUCAUCACCAUGGUAACACUACUCAUUGUCCUCAUGCAUGGACAGAUCCCGCCCGCGUACGCAGGGCUGGCUAUCUCCUACGCUGUGCAGUUGACAGGUCUAUUUCAGUUCACCGUCCGCCUCCUUGCAGAGUCCGAGGCCAGAUUUACAUCAGUGGAGCGGAUCAGCCAUUAUAUAAAGAAUCUGGAGUGUGAAGGUAUUCGGCACGUUCCUGACUCCACCCCAGCCCCCAGCUGGCCACAGGAAGGAGGAAUCCGGUUUAAAGACGUGGAAAUGCGUUACCGUGACAAACUGCCUCUGGUUCUCAAGAAACUUACCUUUAGCAUCAAACCCCAGGAGAAGAUAGGCAUUGUGGGCCGCACCGGAUCAGGUAAAUCCUCGCUCGGAGUGACCCUGUUUAGACUAGUUGAGCUGGCCGGGGGUUCCAUCACCAUAGAUGGCAUCAACAUUGCACAGAUUGGCCUGGAGGACCUCAGGAGGAAGCUGUCCAUUAUACCACAGGAGCCAGUCCUCUUCAUUGGCACCGUCAGGGUCAAUCUGGAUCCCUCGAGCCAGUAUUCAGAUGCCCAGAUUUGGGAGGCUUUGGAGAAGACUCACAUGAAGGCCAGUAUUGCUCAGCUGCCAGAGAGGCUGGAUUCAGAGGUGCUGGAGAAUGGGGAGAACUUCUCUGUGGGGGAGCGGCAGCUGCUGUGUGUCGCUCGGGCUCUGCUCCGGAACAGUAAGAUUUUGCUGCUGGAUGAAGCAACAGCUGCCAUUGACACAGAAACGGACGGGCUGAUCCAGGAGACAAUUAGCGAGUCUUUCUGUCACUGCACCACACUGGUCAUCGCACACAGACUCAACACCGUCCUCAACUGUGACCGCAUCAUGGUGCUGGACCAAGGACAGGUCGUGGAGUUUGAUGCCCCUUCUGCCCUUCUGUCCGAUGAAAACUCCAGAUUCCACGCCAUGGUCAAUGCAGCGGAAGGUGGAACGAAUAAGACAGAGUCCAGGUGAUGGCUUUGCUGAACAACAGUCAAGACCAAGAUGUAACUCCCAAAAAGUGGCUUUUAAUGUUGUCAAGAAGUUAUAAUAAGCCAACAGCAGUACAUUCUAGGCUUCCAAUGUCUGUUUUCAGAAUCCUUUUUUUUUUUUUUUUUUUUUUUUUUUUUUUCUAAGUUUCAAAAGAGCGCAAGGAUGUAUAAGGAAGCAGCCUAUUAGGUCAUUUCUGAAAAAAAUAGCCUACCUCUGAAAGUACUAUGGAGCACAGUUGUGGUGCAUUGUGGUUGGAAUUACAAGGCAGCGAUUGUUAGUUACCGCCUUUUAAAUCAGAUUUCUUCCUUUGGGGUAUGGAAGUCUAGCAUGCUUUAUGACCGUUUUAAAUGAAAGGCCAGCUCAGAGAUAGGAUUCUGAGCCAUAAUGGAUGGAUAGAGGAGCAAUAUGUAGGGUCUGACAUCCGUCAUGCAGAAUUCUGCCCUAGAGUUCAGCCUGUGAAUUUGAUUGUGCAAUUAACUUUAACAAUUCUUUAUAUGAUACAGAAAAAGACAGCACAAAUUAAUUUUGCACAGAUUUUAGUCUUAUUCUGUUUGUAUUAUAUUUAUUAUAUUACAAAUAUAAUACCAUGUUAUAAUUAUUUAUUUUCUAUUAAAGCAUUGCACUAAUAAUAAUUUGCAGUAAAUAGCUUUGAGAUUUUAGUCUAAUAUCUUUAACAAGCCCUUUCUGAGACCUAUUGUUUGAAUACUUGAAAGUUUUUAUAUCUUUCGAACCUGGGCUCUAUGAAAUUCAUGUACAAAAUAAUUUUGUAUCUUGGGUGCUGCACAUGCCUCAGGGAAAAGUCACAAGCAAUGUUUCAACUGGUCUGCUGGAGAACAGACUGUGUGAAGUCAGUGUGUGCCUAAUUUUAAAGGUACAGCAGUCACAAUGGAAUAAGUACAGGGGGGCAAUAUUCUUUCUGGCCACUGGAUGGCACUGUUGUUCCAUGUAAGAAACAGUAUUAUACACUUGCUGUUUUAAUUCUCUCAGGGGAGGAAAAAGAUACUUAAGGGCUGACCCAUGGCAGUGAUCCAGUGAGCUGUUGAAAUAAAUUCAGCCUCAAAAGCCACCACGUUAGCAGGGGUGCUUUCAGAUACUGUUUAGUUUACGAAGCCCCUCAUGCAGCUGUGAAAUACAUGUAGGCAAGAAUGUAUAAGGUAGUUUUGAAAUGGGUUGCGUUUGCAAACACACAGGGAUGCAGGGAUAUAAAUACAGUACAAAAUAAGUUUAUUUAGUAUUUCCUAUGCUUAAGUAUUUCCCCCCAAAGGGCUCUAUUUUUGGAUGUUCAAUAAUGUCCAGUGAUGGCUAAAUAUUGAGUGUUGUACCACCUGCAGAUAUAUAAUUGACAGGUCCUUCCCAAGUGGAUCUAUGCUAUCCUGAUGUACAUGAAGCAAGUAUUACACAGCAUGGCAUGAAUUCUUCAAAAUACAGUGGAUUUCACUCCUUGUAUUUACUGAUUUCUUGUCUGCUGCAAUAUAUCAGGGAAAAAAAGCAUUUAUAAUGUGAACGUGCAUUUAACCAGACAUAUAGAAUGUGAACAAUUAAACAGGCAUGCAUUUAUUGUCAUGCACUUUGCUGCUUUAUAAAAUAAUGCUGGAACACUUUCCCUGUAACAGACUAUGAAUAUAGUUGUUCAGUUGAAAGGGCAAAAGAAAAAAGAACUAUACGCUAAAAUACCAAAUGUUGUUUAUUAUUAUUAUUAUUAUUAUUAUUAUUAUUAUUAUUAUUAUUAUUAAUUAUGCAUUCAAUUAUAAAACGUUGCCUUGUAAAGAGUUUGUAGGGAGGUAAAUGUGCAAUUAUGUAAUCAAAGUCUUUAUUAAAUAAAUGCAGAAGCUUUUAAUAAUAAAGAUAUUUUUUCAUA